AUGACUUCCAUAACCCCAGGUACAGUUUAUCAGAACUAUGAGCCAGUCUUUUUCCAGUCCAUUGGAAAUCCAUCUAUUUUUAGAUGCCUGGAUGGAGUACUCGUUGAUGGAAACGACAAAGGAAUAUCAAAAGUAGUGUACAGAUCUUGCAAUGGCAGGGACCGACUUGGUCCUUUAAAAAUGAGUGACAGUACAUGGCUGACUUCAGAAAUGUCCAAUCCACUGGCCAUUGGACAGUAUGUUAACAACUGUUCAAAUGACAAAGCAGCUAAUGUCUGUUAUCAGGAAUUUGAUGUGUCUGCAGUUUUUCCUGUGGAACUGAUGCAGUAUCUUCCAAACGUUGCCUAUAGCUGCAACAAACAAAGCCUACUUCGAUGUGUUGUUCUUGUUGCUCUCAGGGACCUAAAGCAAGGAGAAGAGCUCUUUUCAAAUUACUACACAAUUGUCAGCUAA